GCCGCGCGACGGCCGCCCGCACGCCGGCAGCCCGUUGCCUUGGGAACCGUCGCGCCGCGUCUUACAGAGGAAGCUUCUGUCAGCCUGCUGAUCCCAUUGCCGGCUCCCUACUGCCCCGCGAUUUUCGCGUGGGCUCACAGGCGGAGGGACAACAAAAAUGGCGGAACGAAGCCAGACGGCGCCUGAGGCAGGCAAUGAUCUGGGGAGCGAUGAUGCCAUUGGAGGGAAUGUGAGCAAAUACAUGGUGCUUCCAUCUGGAUAUUGUGGACAGCCCAGGAAAGGACAUCUUAUCUUUGAUGCUUGCUUUGAAAGUGGCAACCUUGGACGGGUGGACCAGGUCUCUGAGUUUGAGUAUGAUCUGUUCAUUCGGCCGGAUACCUGUAAUCCACGCUUUCGAGUCUGGUUCAACUUUACUGUUGAAAAUGUGAAAGAAUCACAGAGAGUCAUUUUCAACAUUGUUAACUUCAGCAAAACAAAGAGUCUUUAUAGAGAUGGGAUGGCCCCUAUGGUGAAAUCUACCAGCAGACCGAAAUGGCAACGGCUGCCACCUAAAAAUGUUUACUACUAUCGCUGCCCGGACCAUAGGAAGAAUUAUGUGAUGUCCUUUGCAUUUUGUUUUGACCUAGAAGAAGAUAUUUACCAAUUUGCUUACUGCUACCCAUAUACAUACACUCGCUUCCAGCAUUAUCUUGACAGCCUGCAAAAGAGAAAUAUGGAUUACUUCUUUCGGGAGCAGCUGGGUCAGAGCGUGCAACAGCGGCAGCUUGACCUCCUGACAAUAACCAGCCCAGACAAUCUUCGGGAAGGGGCAGAACAAAAGGUGGUAUUCAUCACAGGAAGAGUCCACCCAGGAGAAACACCCUCUUCAUUUGUGUGCCAAGGGAUCAUUGACUUCCUCAUCAGCCAGCACCCUAUUGCUCGUGUGCUACGGGAACACCUGGUCUUCAAGAUUGCACCAAUGCUCAACCCUGAUGGCGUCUACUUAGGCAAUUACAGGUGCUCUCUAAUGGGCUUUGACCUGAACCGUCACUGGCUGGACCCCUCUCCAUGGGCUCACCCUACCCUGCAUGGAGUGAAGCAGCUCAUCGUCCAGAUGUACAACGACCCCAAAACAAGCCUGGAGUUUUAUAUUGACAUCCACGCCCACUCCACCAUGAUGAAUGGCUUCAUGUACGGCAACAUCUUUGAGGAUGAGGAACGGUUCCAGCGGCAGGCUGUGUUCCCCAAGCUCCUCUGCCAGAAUGCUGAGGACUUCUCCUAUUCUAGCACCUCCUUUAACCGGGAUGCUGUGAAAGCGGGAACCGGCCGUCGUUUCCUUGGAGGGCUGCUGGACCACACUUCCUACUGCUACACUCUAGAAGUCUCCUUCUACAGCUACAUCAUCGGGGGCACCACAGCUGCUGUGCCCUACACCGAGGAAGCCUAUAUGAAGCUGGGGCGGAAUGUGGCAAGAACAUUUUUGGAUUAUUAUCGUCUAAACCCUGUGGUCGAGAAAGUGUCGUUUCCCAUGCCAAGGCUGCGGAAAGAAAAACCCCCUCCCUACAAGCACCCACUCCUGCGGGAUUCAGCCGGCAACUACCCCACUGGCAAAGGGGACAAGAAGAGCUCAGUGAACCACAAAGGCCCUUCAGACUCUUUUUAAAGACAUGGGGUUUGGGAAGUCUUGCGGCAUCAGGCGUGUGCAUUUUCUGCUGGGAUUUGAAAUGAAUCUCAUUUUUCUAGUGUCCAAGAUAAGAACUGUGGGAUAAUGAGUAAGCUAGUAAGUAAACAGGAAGGGGGAAAACUAAGACAUUUCAUCACCAGCUUUCCCUUCUACCAAUGUCAAGUCAAUUGUGCACCUUCAGCUUAAGGCUCAGGAACAUAAUAGGAGCCCCCAACCAAGCAGGUACAGAUGCAAUUUCCCACAACAUAGAGACCCUCACAUGAUGUGGAAAACCUAGACAUCCCUUUGGAGAGUUUGCCCCCAUCUCAGGUCAGUGCUUGUAAAGCCUCUUAAUUUUUUUUUUUUUUUUUAUCCCUUAGAUUUUAUUUUAUUAUUUUUUUUCACUAAGUAUUUACCCAUUUGUAUUUUUUUUAAUUAAUAAAUUUUAUUUUUAUAUUCCCCAUACAAUUGCAAUCCCCCCAUUCUGACCCCAAUCCCUCCCCUCCCGCCCCCCACCCCCCAAAAAGUGUCUCUGGUUCAUAGUUUUUGUUGAUUUUGAUUUUCACUUUCUUAUAGUUAUUCAUUUUCCUGGUCCCUUAUUUAAGUUUUCUAGAUCCCUGCUAUGAGUGAGACCAUCCGGUAUUUUUCUUUUUCUUUCUGGCUUAUUUCACUGAGCAUGAUCCCUUCUAGCGCCAUCCAUGUUGCUGCAAAUUGCAUGUGUUUAUCUUUUUUGAAUGCUGAGUAAUAUUCCAUGGGUUAUAUGUACCACAUCUUCUUGAUCCAGUCAUCUAUUUUUGGGCAUUUGGGCUGUUUCCAAAGCUAUAAACAAGCCUCUUAAUCUUUUUAAGCUGUAUAGUUACUAGAUGGUUACCUUUUCAAAUAGGCUAUGCUUGUUUUGUUUACAGUUUAGAAAUGCAAUGCCCAUAUUUGCUGAUAUAAAACACGCCCACCAACACAUACAACUCAAAAACUGUUGGGAACAAUGGGACAGAAUCUUUGAAAUCACAGUGCUCGUAGACAGAUGACCACUGCACUGGGCGCGUGCAGCGCACUACCCCUCCCCCCGCAUGCAGCUAUAGGACAUGGUUUUGAGGACUAUUUCCCAAUGACCUGGGUAAUUUUAUUGCAACUUUAGCAGCAAAGACAUAAAGUUAGUCAUGCAUCCCAAAAGGUCUCAUGUUUAAAAUCUCCCGAUCCUGGUGUAGGAGUGCAAACCUGGCCAUUGAAGAGAUGGGCACUGAUUAUCUGCACUGCGGGGAGGCUGAUGCCACAUUAGGGAGAUGCCAGAGACAAAAGGAUACACUCCCAGGCCGGGUGGAAUGUGAAACCACGGCAGCAGCGAUUCCCUAGGUGGGACAAGCUAAAUAUUGUGCAUUUUUCUAAACAGUAAAGUGCCUUUGUAUGAUGAGUUGGUCUCCGGGAGUGUGCUCCCUUCCAGUCUGCGAGGCAGCAGGCUGAGUCACCAUGACAGCCUGCUAAUUAAAAUGACCUCCCGGAAAUGAGGAUUAGGAGGUGGGGAGAGGAAGGGAGGCUCCAGGGAGACUGGGCCUUUAGCACAAAGCUCCAGUUAAGCAUUCUAAUGCUUUGAGUUGGAGAUUUUCGAAGUUUGUUGCAAAAAUCGAAAGCAAAGUUUAUCCUCCCUUUGCUUAUUGGUUUUCAGAGAUGAUGACAAAGAACCAUAUGUUCGUUGGCAACAUAUGUUGUGUUGUAUAUACAGCUUCUCCCCUGGGUUCUUGUUGCCCAGAGGAACACAAAUAAAGUGUUUAUGCAGA